AUGGAUGCAGAGCUGGUGGUGGUGGUUCAAGCUUACAGCACUGAUGCCCGGGAGGAAUUGCUGCGCGCCGCGCGUAUCGGUGAUACGGCAGAGGUGGUGAGCCUGUUGGAUAGGCCCCAUGACCCCGACUUUGAGACAGGCCUUGAUCUCCUUUUUCUGGAGCCCGCCUUCGCGCUCGAAGGAGCCUGCGAGCUUCUCCAGGAGGCCGAGCUUUCCAUGACCAGGUGUGUGCACCUCCUGCCCUGGCAGUACGUGCAGUUCUGCCUGCUGAAGCUCAGGUGGCGGCGGCUGAAGCACGGCCUGGGCCUGGCCACCAGUGCGCCGCUGGAUGCGCCCAACGCAGUUCUGACGUAUCGUGACCCCAAGACCUUCGGCAGCUGCAUCUGCCCAGCCACGGACUCCCCCCUCUACCGCACGUUCUUGGAGCGCGCCAAGCCUCCGCAGAUCGCCCAGGUCUCCGAGUGGGUGCCGCCUUAUGAGCGAAAGCCUCAGGAGGCCUUGCAGUUGUACAUGCAGGAGUUCGUGGCGCUCUUGCGGCUGGCGCUGAAAGAGGGCGGGAACGACCUGCCUCAGCUGUUGGAGCUCUUGGACGAGGGCUUGGAGGAGGUGUUGCGCACCGAGGUUUUGCUGGCUUCGGAAAGACCCCCUGGCUAUCAGCAGAUCUAUCCAUUCUUCGCCUGCUUUGCGGCCGUCGCAAAGUGCCGCAAGGCCUUGCUCUUCACUGAUAACCCGAAGGGCGCUGCCGGGCCUCCGGCCGUGGAUGCAGAGAAGCUGCCACUGAGAGUGGCCCUGGGCAUGCAACGGCACCUGCAACGGCAGGCGGCAGAAGGAGCUCUGGCCUACAGUGCUGCGGCCCUGCAGACCGUGCAAAAGCAGACGAUCCUUUUCCGAUCAAUGAUGAGGCAGACCAUCGCCCUGAGACGGGAGUGCGACGUCUUCGGCUCUCUCUUCUCAGAGAUGCGGCUCCUAACGGACCAGCUUCACGUGGCAUUGUCCCAGUGCUGCGAGGCCUAUGUCAAAGCCCGGGUCCUGGACGAAGCCUUGCUCAAGACCUUGGAGGCGCCAGACGAGGUCCCCAGUGCUGGCGUCUUUGUCCGCUGGGCGCCUGUAGACCUCCGCGCGCAGGCACGCCCGCCCGAGGGGCCGGCGCCCUGCGAGCUUAUGUCCCUACUCAUUUUCUUCUGUCCGGAAGGUGAGGAGAGCCAGCCCCUCAUCGCCCGCUCUGUGGCGCGGCUGGCGGCGGUGCAGACACUCGCGGAGGGCCUCGCCAAGGAUCUGCGGAACUGCAGGCCGGCGAAGGCAGUCGCCACUGACUAUGUGGAGCAGAGGCUAAGAGAGGCGCGGCUUCGGACCAUCAGUUAG